CUUGUUGGAGAAUGUUUUAAAGGUGCCAGGCUGGAUCUGUAAGACCCAGAUCCAGCCACACCGAGUGUGCAAAUGAAGCCUUCCCAUGCUGGUGCUGCUGAAUGCAUGUCAGGAAGACAGCACAUCCCUGGCAACUGUUGCUGUGUGGUUUUGCCACUGCUGUGCCAGCUCUCAGGAGUGCCUGGAAGCUUUAAAACCAAAGAGUUUCAAGGGCUCGCCAAGGCGGGACUCUUCCUCGUGCAUCUCUGGACCAGUGCCUGGAGAGAGGGGCAGGUCUCUGUGUCAGGAUGCUGCAGAAGUGGACUGAAGGCCUGGACAAAAUGCAGCAGAAGUGGUGCUGCAGAGGCUGGAGCAUGCUUCCUGUUCUCGUGUGAGACUUGCCUUUGGAGCCCUGAGCUGCUAUGUAAAAUUGCAAGGCCCUCAGUCUGUGAGGAAGCCGUUGAGAGGCCGCACGGAGCAGCACUGGCACCCAGUACCAGAUCGCCUGCCAUGUGAGUGAAGCAGCUGGGAAGUGGAUCCGCCAGCCCAGUCUUGCCUCUUCAUAGGCCGCCAUGCUGCAGAGUCCAGAUGAGCUGUUCCCCUCAAGUCCUGCUCACAUUGAAGAUUCGUGAACAGAAUGAUCAUUGCUGCUUUGAAUCAAAUGAAGAAGAUGAGUAACAUUUAUGAGUCAGCUGCCAAUACACUGGGGAUCUUUAACAGUCCCUGCCUGACCAAAGUGGAGCUGCGUGUGGCGUGCAAAGGCAUUUCCGACAGAGACGCCCUUUCCAAGCCAGACCCCUGUGUCAUCCUCAAGAUGCAGUCCCACGGGCAGUGGUUUGAGGUCGACCGAACAGAGGUGAUUCGCACCUGCAUAAACCCAGUGUACUCAAAACUGUUUACUGUGGACUUCUACUUUGAAGAGGUGCAGCGCCUGCGCUUUGAGGUGCACGACAUCAGCAGCAACCACAACGGGCUGAAGGAGGCCGACUUCCUGGGCAGCAUGGAGUGCACGCUGGGCCAGAUUGUUUCCCAGAGAAAACUGUCCAAAUCUUUGUUGAAGCAUGGCAACACAGCAGGGAAAUCCUCCAUCACGGUGAUUGCUGAAGAAUUAUCUGGCAAUGAUGACUACGUUGAACUUGCAUUUAAUGCACGGAAAUUGGAUGACAAGGAUUUCUUCAGUAAAUCUGACCCGUUCCUGGAAAUUUUUCGUAUGAAUGAUGAUGCAACUCAGCAGCUGGUGCACAGAACUGAGGUCGUGAUGAAUAACUUAAGCCCAGCCUGGAAAUCAUUCAAAGUAUCGGUGAAUUCUCUAUGCAGUGGAGAUCCAGACCGCCGGCUGAAGUGCAUAGUAUGGGACUGGGACUCCAACGGCAAACAUGACUUCAUUGGAGAAUUCACCUCGACAUUCAAGGAGAUGAGAGGUGCCCUGGAAGGGAAACAGGUCCAGUGGGAGUGCAUCAACCCCAAGUACAAAGCCAAGAAGAAGAAUUAUAAGAACUCGGGCACUGUGAUUUUGAAUCUGUGCAAGAUCCACAAGAUGCAUUCGUUCCUGGAUUACAUCAUGGGUGGCUGCCAGAUCCAAUUUACAGUAGCUAUAGAUUUCACUGCCUCCAACGGAGACCCCAGGAACAGCUGCUCCCUGCAUUACAUCCAUCCCUACCAACCCAACGAGUACCUGAAGGCCUUGGUGGCUGUGGGGGAGAUUUGCCAAGACUAUGACAGUGACAAAAUGUUCCCAGCCUUUGGGUUCGGUGCCAGGAUACCCCCAGAGUACACGGUCUCUCAUGACUUCGCAAUCAACUUUAAUGAAGACAACCCAGAAUGUGCAGGAAUUCAAGGAGUUGUGGAAGCCUAUCAGAGCUGCCUUCCUAAGCUCCAGCUCUACGGCCCCACCAACAUUGCCCCCAUUAUCCAGAAAGUGGCCAAGUCAGCAUCAGAGGAGACCAACACCAAGGAGGCCUCGCAAUACUUUAUCCUGCUGAUCCUGACCGACGGCGUCAUCACAGACAUGGCAGACACCCGGGAGGCCAUCGUGCACGCCUCCCACCUCCCCAUGUCGGUCAUCAUCGUGGGCGUGGGCAACGCAGACUUCAGCGACAUGCAGAUGCUGGAUGGUGACGACGGGAUCCUGCGGUCACCCAAGGGAGAGCCGGUCCUGCGAGACAUCGUGCAGUUCGUACCCUUCAGGAACUUCAAACAUGCAUCUCCAGCUGCCCUGGCAAAGAGUGUGUUGGCAGAAGUCCCAAACCAAGUCGUGGACUAUUACAAUGGCAAAGGGAUUAAGCCAAAAUGUUCAUCAGAAAUGUAUGAGUCUUCCAGGACACUAGCUCCAUGACCUCCACACACUUUUACAGAGUUCUGAAGUACUAAUCCUGCUAAUAUUUAAUACUUCUAUUGCUCCUGUACUUAAAACACACACACACACAUUUAAAGAUAGCACGUUUUGGUGAUUUUUAACUAAUUGACAAUUUUUUUUGCAUGUGUAGCCCUGAGGCCUGGAUCUGUUAAGCCUUGUAUUGUUAAAGACUUUUUACAAAGAAACACAAAUAAUUAUAACCUACUCUUUACAUUACAGCAUGUCGCCUUGAAAUAAAAUGGUAUCUGUAUCUGUUUUUAUACAGGUUUGUUGAAAUUUUGCUAAAUUUCUUAUUAUCUUUACACUGUAAAGCAUUUUGAAACAUUUACUGAAUGUUGAUAGCCAAAAUACAUUUGGUUUGAUCUGCUGUAGGAUGAGAGACUUUUCAAAAUGGCAGAUGCAUGGACUGUAUUUUGCAUGUUUAAAAUAAAA